ACCGCAAACAUUCAUAACGAGCUGUUGUUAUGUAGUGAUACUGAACGUUUACUGGUUUAAUAAUAAGUUUGGAAUGGACAGCUGGAGUGAACUGUCACCCAAAUAACAACUGAACAGGUUCCAUUAUGGCUCUGGCAGGAGUGCGUGUAAUUGAGCUUGCAGGAUUGGCCCCUGCACCCUUCUGCGGGAUGAUACUGUCGGACUUCGGUGCAAGAGUGAUCCGGGUAGAUCGGACGAAGGUGGCAAUGACUGUAGAUACUCAAGCAAGAGGCAAACAAUCAGUGGCCUUGAAUCUGAAGAAUCCCAAAGGUGUCGCUGUUUUGAAAAAACUCUGUGUCCAGUCAGAUGUGGUUCUGGAGCCCUAUCGUAAAGGUGUUAUGGAGAAGAUGGGAUUAGGUCCUGAAGAUUUACUUAAAGAGAACCCGCGCCUGAUCUACGCACGACUUACCGGUUACGGUCAGAGCGGGUCGUACGCCAAGGCUGCCGGGCAUGAUAUCAACUACCUGGCCAUGUCAGGCUUGCUGUCCAUGCUGGGCCGUACCUCAGAGAAACCCUAUGCUCCACUGAACUUGGUAGCAGACUUUGCUGGAGGAGGUCUCAUGUGUGCAUUUGGGAUUGUGUUGGCUCUCCUAGAAAGGAGCAGGUCAGGACGAGGCCAGAUCAUUGAUGCCAGCAUGGUUGAAGGUGCAGCGUAUGUUGGCUCCUUCAUGUGGAAAUCCCGUAGCCUCGGCCUGUGGAAUCGUCCACGUGGGGAAAACUUGCUGGAUAGUGGCGCGCCAUUCUAUGAUACCUACCGUACGUCUGAUGGAAAGUACAUGGCAGUGGGUGCGAUUGAACCUCAGUUCUAUCAACAACUUAUUCAAGGUUUGGGCUUGGAUGAUGCUGACCUGCCGGCGCAAAUGAGCAUAUCUGAUUGGCCGCAGCUCAGGGAAACAUUCAGCCGGGUGUUUGCCACCAAGACGCAGGCGGAAUGGAGUCAGGUCUUCGAUGGAACAGAUGCCUGUGUCACCCCUGUGCUAUCAGUGGAUAAGGUACUCUCUCACCCCCACAACAAGGCACGGGGGUCAUUCUUCAAAGACUCUCAGGGAGAAAUUAGCCCUCGACCUGCACCUGUUCUGUCCCGCUCCCCUGCAGAGCCCUGCCGCUUCCGGGACCCCUUCAUUGGAGAGCACACUCGCUCUGUGCUAAAGGAGUACGGGUUCGAGCAAGCGCAAAUAGAGCAGCUCUUGUCUGCCGGUAUCGUGGAGUGUAACGAAGCUAAAGCGCGUCUAUAAAUCAAAGACUCUUGACUGGAGAAUCAUUAAACUUUGUGGCCAAUGAUGCAGCACGGGAAUCUGAGCACUUGAACUCCUCAUGUCAUGUUGAGUGAGGGGGCAUUUCAGAGUAAAAUUACUCUCCCUUGUGAAUCGCUGGGUGCUGCAGUCAAAGUGGACUAAAUGAUCCUGGGCUUUUAAGUUAAAACGUCCAAAAAAUUUGACUCUUAUUUGUAAUUGCUGCAGGGAAAGUCAAGUGGGAUUUAAUUAAAGCCUAUCUCGAAUAUUCUGUUUUAAUCUUAACAUCCCUAUUUUUGUCAGCAACCUCAUCAGGCUUUCAACAAAGAUAUUCAGUAUUCACUUAUUUUUUAAGACUGUUUUGAAUUAAUAGUAAUAUUGUUGAGGGCAUUUUUAUUUGUAGUUGAUUAAAGUGUACCGCUUUUGGUUACAAAUUGAAAUCCUUGACUAAUAAGUGCCUUCAGCAAGAAUAGCUGAGUGUGAGUCAUAAACUAAUUAACUGAGUGAAACAUUUGCCUUUGCCUAAUUUUUAGGCAGCACUGAUGACCUAAGAUAAUCGUAUUGGGAUUAAACCAGUUAAUGAUUCAGCUUAAGAUGAAGUUUUCUGUCAUGAUUAUCACUAGUUGUAUAAAAAUUUAACACUUGGUGAACAUGGUAGUGGUCUUUAUUAUGAUACAUGUGGCCAUUUUUGUGGCGUGUAUUUACUGUAAGUGGUGUCGGUGAGGUUUUACAGAAUUCUACAGAAUUGCUCCAAACUGCUGUUCCACAACCAAAAAAACACAUCUAAAAAGCAUUUAAGUAUUCAAAUCUUAAAUGUUUGCUAAGAUCCUUCUAUUAUCUACUGCAACCCACGAUAAUGUUUAAAGUAUUAGUAAGCUUAAUAUAUAUAAAAUCAUAAUUUAAAUUGGGAGGUGGCUGUCCUGAACCCUAACCCCUAAAUUUCAACUUGAUAUGAUGAAAAAUGAUAUUGAAAUAAUUUUUGUCCUUUGCUGUUUUGAAAAGGAUAUUUUUGAUUCUUUUAAAAAGUGAAGUUCCCUAUAAAAAUAUUUUAUAUUUUA